CUUGUUGGUUCUGUAAUGGCUACUUGACUAGUGCGCAUUGACCUGCACAAGAGCCUGCUGCCUCGUAGUUCCUUGAGCAAUGUGCCAUCUAGCGCGUUACUCCUCGAAACGCCUUGUUACCCCCAUGGCGAUGUUCAGUUGCCUGCUCAGCCUCUACAUUUUCUCAGUAGCUUUACGUCCAGCUACGGCAUUUUACCUCCCGGGUAUGUACCCUAAGACACACGCGCCUAACGACACUCUGAACGUCAACGUUAACUCGUUGACGUCUAACGAGACGGGCUUGACGUUUGGCUACUACAGCAUGCCGUUCUGCCAGCCGGAGGAGGGGAUCCGACGGCUUGACGAGAAUUUCGGGGAGGUCUUAAUUGGCGAUCUGAUCGAGAACUCGCCUUUUAAGUUCCGCACGCUGGUCACGCAGCGCGCCGUUAAGGCAUGCGAUGUGGGUCCGCUGAACGAAUCCGACGUGGAGAAUCUCAAGUCCAAGAUCGACGGCUAUUAUCACGUCAAUCUCCUCCUGGAUAAUCUCCCGGUUACCCUUUUCUCCCUGGAAGACAAUCCCGGGGACAUCCUCACCGGCAUCCCCAUCGGCUAUUAUCACAACGGCCAGUACUAUGUCUACAAUCACAUACUUUUCAAGGUCUUGGUGCACGAGUACCACGAAUCUCCCGCGGCACUUGCCGGAAUGAGCAUGGGGGAUUCCGCGGUUGACGUCUUUCCCCAAGAAGGCGGCUACACAGAAGGGCCUUCUCCUAGCAACGCCACGGCGAACGCAUUUGUCGUGGUGGGAUUCGAAUCCGCGGCUUGCAGUAUCCGCCGCUCGGCAGAUCCGGCCAUCCCACGCUACUCCACGCUCGAUCCGAUCGACUGCUUCAAAGGCGAUCCGCAGCCCAUAGCUCCCGGGGAAACCCUAGUCUUCUCCUUCGACGUGCUCUGGGAGAAGAGCCCGAUCCAGUGGGCGAGCCGCUGGGACGCGUACUUAAAGAUGCGCGGCGACAAGGUGCACUGGUUCUCCAUACUUAACUCCCUCGUCGUGAUCACCUGUCUGGCGGCCGCGGUCUUCGUGAUCCUUCUCCGAUCCGUGCAUCGAGACCUCGCGAGGAUCAACCAGAGGGACAAGGAGGAGGCCCAGCAGCUCGCGGACGAAAGCGGGUGGAAGCUGCUGGUGGGGGAUAUUUUCCGGUCGCCGCCUCACCCCGAGGUGCUGUGCAUUCUGGUGUCUAACGGGUCGCAGCUGCUGUGCAUGGCGGUGGUUACCAUCUUCUUCGCAGCGCUGGGGUUCAUGUCUCCUGCGUCCAGGGGCGCUCUGCUCAUGGGCAUGGUCCUCUUCUACCUGCUUCUCAGCGUCGUCGCUGGUUACAUCGCCGCCCGCAUGUGGGUAACGCUCUCUGGCGUCAAUGUUACCAGUGCCAGCGCCACCAACUGCAGCAACAGCAGCAGCGGAGGGGGCAGCGAUGGUGGCAGCAGUCUUAUCUCAGAGGAAGCAGCAGCAGCUAGGGUUAUGGCGAUUAAAGUGGCAUGUUUCUUCCCUGGCACCUGUGCCGUGACUCUGCUAGUCAUCAACCUGCUUCUCUGGGGCACAGCUAGCACAGGCGCCGUUCCUUUCUCCCUCUUCUCCUACCUAUUCCUCCUCUGGUUCCUCAUAUCCGUCCCUCUCACCAUCCUUGGUUGCAACCUCGGCUUGAAGGAGCCAAAAUUCGCCUACCCAGUUCGAACAAAUCAGAUCCCAAGGGAGGUUCCUGAGCCGAAUUAUGUGGGCCAAUUUGGGCUCCAGGGCUAUGGGAGCUACACCCCCUGGAUAAUCAUCCUAGCUGGAGGCAUCCUUCCAUUUGGCACACUGUACAUCGAGCUUUAUUUCAUUUUGUCAUCGAUGUGGAUGCAGCGGGUGUACUAUGGGUUUGGAUUUCUCUUCGUGGUUCUCAUCCUGCUCAUGCUGGUGUGUGCCGAAGUGGCAGUGGUCUUCACUUAUCUCCAGCUCACCAUGGAAGACUACCGCUGGUGGUGGCGCAGUUUAUUUGCUUCAGGAUCUGUGGCGUGUUAUGUGUUCAUCUACAGUGUUCUGUACCUUCUGGUGGACCUGCACCACAUGCGCAGCCUGCUAUCGGCCACUAUUUUCCUCUGCUACUCCCUGCUUAUGUCCCUUGCGAUCUUCUUGGCUACUGGUGCUGUGGGGUUCUUUGCGUCUGCAUAUUUUGUGUACUAUCUCUUCUCUUCGGUCAAGCUUGACUGAGAAUGCUUAUUUACACUCAUUUCUGUGGAUUCAAUUAAUUUUAUAGCAUGUU